AUGGCAAUAACUCUGCUUCAUAGACACAACCAGCUGCUCACCUCCACUUUGGUUGAAAACAUGUUCAAGAUUAGGGACUUUUAGGUUUCACAGGUUUCCAUUGUGGGGAUAAUCCAGGAGACAGAGAGGGCUCCAAACUAUAUUCUUUACAAAAUUGUUGACAUGACCCCUAAACCAAUUGAGGCUGACCAGAGACUUGGCAGAGAAAAAGCUAAGCAGGGGAAGACUCCACUGCCAGUCGGAGUCUUUGUCAAAGUGGUCGGUGUUCUCUCAAGCUCCAUGGGAGCAAAGAGUCUUGAGAUAUUGAAAAUUCAUGUACUUGAGGACAUGAGCGAGUUUACCAUGCAUAUUCUGGAAGUAGAUAAUUCACACAUGAUGCUGGAUAAAGCACACCAAGAGUCCACUGAAGAAAGUAUGCCUGAGGCCCUGUCAGAAAUAGAUGUUGCUGCUGUGGUUCAUGGCCAGUGUCAAUUUAACUUCAUCUUGAAGAAAGUGCUGCAUUUGAUUCAAGUGUGUCCCCUAUUGGAAGGGAAACGUGUCCCUGAGCUGCAGACUGAGCUCUGCACAAUAAGUGUGAAGGUCAUCAAGCAAGCAAUUGAUCAUCUGACCAUUGGGGGCCAUAUGUAUUCUUCUGUGGAUGAGGAGCAUUUUAAAUUUGCUGGUUGA